AAUAGAGGUGCGGUGAACUACUAAUAGAGAAGCACUGAGAUAACAGUUUGAAAUAAGUUUAGUGAGAAGGUCAUACUCUUAGAAAUAUCCAGGGACGGAACAAAACAAACUAAUUUUCUACUGUAGCAUAAAUCAGUGGAGAUUUCAUGUUGACAAUUUCAUUAGCAUCGCUUAGCCACUCUUUUCAUUAGUCACCUACAGAAGCUCAUUGCGCAAGUUAUACCUACUAUAGUGAACCACAAAAAUGUCGUCUUUUUUCAGCAGCCACCUCAAACUGUGCACUCUAAUAUUGGUUUUAUUGGCGAGCUUCCCGGACACGUUUGAAGCAAGCACUUUGUAUGCGAUUCCCAAUAACCAUGUUAAUAAUGGUGCACACAAUAAUGGAAGUCAUAAUUUGAUAGUGGGCACUCCGAGUUGGUCGGACAAGGUUCUGUUCAACCUACUAUCUGCACGUUCCAAGGAGAUACAACCAGGUGAUAAGGCAGAAGAUCGUGUACCCGCACCCCGGCUACCGCGCAAACAGCACUAUAACAGCCAUCCAGUGCUGGGACCAGAAGAAGGAUGGGACAGGCGCUCACGUCAUUGUGCAGGCGGGGGGAGUUGGUCGCAACAAUGUCACCCUCGAAUUUGUCUCACAACCCAGUCAUGGAAUCAAAUUCGUUAUCAAGAUUUUCGGAAAGUAAUCUGCUGUUAUCUUAAACAAUAAAAUCUAUCAAUUUAUUACUUCUUGAUAUUAUCUUGGAUUUGUAUACAUAUUAUCCAAAGAGUACAGUACCAUAUAAUAGUAUAUUAUAUUUAAUCUUUAUUGGAGCAGCAUAUUUUAUUAGAAAUUGUUUUUAUUGAAUAAAUACAGUUUUUACUAUUA